AUGGCAGUACCUCUGCCGACGAGGGACAAGGAAGAUGAAAUCGCCCGAUACGGCGUUAAAAUACUACAUCUUCGGCGAUCUUGCGAAUCUGCUGCAGCAAAAGAAUUCGCCAUAGAAAAAGAAUUACUAAGAAAACAUCAGCAAACCCUCAAGGAGACACAACUCAAUAAUGCACGUGCUAAGCAGCAGCAGCAAACAAAUUGGCAGCUGCAACAGCAGCAGCAGCAACUGCAGCAGCAACAGCAGCAGCAACUGCAACACCCACACCAACAGGCGCAACUGCAGCAGCAACCGCAGCAGCAACUGCAGCAGCAACUGCAACACCCACACCAACAGGCGCUGCAGCAGCAACAACUCCAGCAGCAACUGCAGCAGCAACUACAGAACCCACAUCAACAGCAACAACAGCAGCAGCAGCAACAGCAGCAGCACCAGCAGCAGCAGCAGCAGCACCAAUGGCUGCAGCAGCGCUGGCAGCCCCACCUGCAAAUGCCAAGCUGCAGAAGCAACACAUUUGCAGCAAACAAUCCUCAUUGCCCCCUCUCUCGAGGACAAACCGUUUGGGCUGCUGAUGGAGUGUCUGCUUCCUGCGGCCAAGGAUUGCCAGCUGCUGCUCCUGCUGCUGCUGCUCCUGCUGCUGGUGCUGCUGCAGGCACUGCAGCACAGCAAUGGAACGUUGUGCAUGCAGUAUAUGAUCCUUCAACUUACUCUGUAGUCGCCAACAACAGCAACGCGAGCUAUGGCAACCAGCAGCAAUUCUUGCAGCAGCAACAGCAGCACCAAUACCAUCAGCAGCAGCAACGACAGCAACAGCAGCAGCUGCAGCUGCAGCAACACUACCAGCAGCAGCAACAGCUGCCGCGCCACAUGCAGUGCCCCCCUAUUGGUGGUGUGCAUUUUCAGAGAGCCUCGAAUCUGCUGCAGCAGCAGAUGCAGCACCAGCAGCAGCAGCAGAUGCAGCACUACCCACAGCAGCAGCAGCAGCAGCAUGAUUCCUUUUACUUAGAUAGUUCUGCUAGUGCUGCACAGCUGCAAGCGCUGCAGGAGUUAGCGACGGAUCUUGAGGAUGCAGAGGGGGCAUUGCGCUCCGAUCAGCCUCCUGCUGCUGCUGCUGCUGCUGCUGGAGGGCCCUUCUUUGGCUUCCCUGAUGCUGGUGCCCAUGGGGCUGCUGCUGCUGCUGCUGCUACUGCGCCGUCGGGGGCAACGAAGCGAACCAGGCAGCCAUCGAAGACAGCAACCACGCGGAGGAGGGGUGCAGCAAAAGCAGCAAUCUCUAGCCGUACGAGAGCAGCAGAGCAGCAGCACCUGCAGCAAACGGUGUUGCAGCAGCUGCAGCAAGCGGCGCAGCAGCAGGUGCAGCAAGAGGCGCAGCAGCAGCGAGAAUUUGGCGUUGCAUGCGUUGCAGGCAUUUCUCCCCUUGAUGCAGCAAGAACAAGAGCAGCAACAGCAAUGCCAACAGAAGCAGCAGCAACUAAACCAGCAGCAGCAAAUAGAGCAGCGCCAACAGCAGCAGCAGCAGCGACAACAGCAGCAGCAGCAGCAGUUGACGUUUCAAUGAUGGAGCCAAGUGAACUACGGGAGCUCUAUUUGCUGCAGAGGAAGAAAGCAGGAGGAAACCUUGGAGAGAUUAAGGAACUCAGCAGCAGCAGCAACAGGAGAAGCAAAAGCAACAGCAGCAACAUAAGCAGCAGCAGCAACAGCAGCAGCAAAACAAGGGAUGAUUGCAUGCAGUUAAGACUUCCUAUGCAGCGGCGCAGCAGCAAGACACUACAUAUUUAG